GUGUGGUUUCGAUAAAGAAAAAUGAGCAGCUCUGAAGAAGUAUCUUGGGUUACUUGGUUUUGCGGUCUAAGGGGUAAUGAGUUUUUUUGUGAGGUCGAUGAAGAUUACAUACAAGACAAAUUCAAUUUAACUGGCUUAAAUGAACAAGUACCAAAUUAUAGACAAGCUCUUGAUAUGAUUCUUGAUCUGGAGCCAGAGGAUGAGCUUGAAGAUAAUCCUUUACAAUCGGAUAUGACCGAACAGGCCGCGGAAAUGUUAUAUGGCUUGAUACAUGCACGUUAUAUCUUAACAAAUCGUGGCAUAGCACAAAUGAUUGAAAAAUAUCAAACAGGUGAUUUUGGUCAUUGUCCACGUGUUUAUUGCGAGAGUCAACCAAUGUUGCCAUUGGGUUUAUCGGAUAUUCCCGGCGAGGCAAUGGUCAAAGUAUAUUGCCCUAAAUGUAUUGAUGUUUACACGCCAAAAUCAUCGCGUCACCAUCAUACGGAUGGUGCUUAUUUUGGUACUGGUUUUCCACACAUGUUAUUUGUGGUGCAUCCAGAAUAUCGUCCUAAAAGGCCUACUAAUCAAUUUGUUCCAAGACUUUAUGGCUUCAAAAUUCACAGCUUAGCUUAUCAAAUACAGCUGCAGGCAGCAGCCAACUUUAAAAUGCCACUACGAGCGAAAAAUUAAUAAAAAGCACACAAAACCGCAAGAACAAAUAGAGAAAGAAUUCUAAUUGAGAACAAAUUAAGAGGAUUUUUGUAUUCAAGAAUACUACUGUCCCACUAUACCCCCCUCCCCCUCAGAAAGAGAUCAUAGAACGGCAAGGAAGUAAAGAAAACAAACAACAUCAUCUUUUUUACCAAUCAAUCAAACAACAGCAUUGUUAGUUAUAUUUAAUUACGAAAUGAGGAGAUUUAUAUAUGAAAAUAUUAUUUAGCAUACAAAAAACAAACAAACAACCAACCAACCAUAAAUUGUCUACACACGAUCGAUCAUGCCCUCUCUGACUUUUACCAUAUACGAGUACUACAUACUUAGUGAGGAAAUUACAUAUAAACAUCAUCCACUACAUAGUAAAGAGCAUAUGGAAAUCAGAAAAGGAAAGAACCCUAGACGAUCUAAAUAAACAAAAACAUUUACAUACACAA